AUGGCGCCUAUUAGGGAUAGGCGAGGUAGAAAAUUCGAAGAUGCAAUUGUCUCAGAUAGUGCGAGGAAGCAAAGGCGUCAGAACUUGAUAGCUAGUGCAAGGAGAGCUAGGACUGCUAAAGCCGUUUCAAGUGCUCAAGAUGGAACUCAACAAGCAAGUCAAGAAGGUGUUCAACCAAGUUCCCCUCAAUCAGAACCAGUUCAAGAAGGUGUUCAACCAUGUGCCUCUCAAUCACCACCAGUUCAAGAAGGUGUUCAACCAAGUGCUCCACAAUCACAAGCAGAAAUUCAACUAGAAGCACCCGAAGAUAGAGUACCAGAAGUAGGACAACCUAGUGGUACGCAAGAAGAAGGAGAAGCCGAAAAGAAAAAUCCUCCUCGAAAGAAAGCGCAACACCUUGUCCCAAAUGAACUGAAGGUGAAGGAUAUUCCAGAAGGUGUAAUCCUUGGGCUGUCGGAGGAUGGAGGACAAUUUAUCAUUCCGAUGCGGUUCGGUUGCUCAAACCGACCGCCGCAAACUAAAAUGCUGGAUUGGACUUUGAAGGAUGAAUGUGAAAGGUUCAAGACCAUCAUUGAAAAUUCAGGGUUGGCUGAUGCUGCGGAGAACUCAAUGUUGGAACAUAACCGGGUGGCUAUAUCGGCGUUUGUGGAGAGACUUUAUCCUGAGACCGACACCUUCCAUAUGCCGUUUGGGGAGAUGACGAUUACCCCAGAUGAUGUUGUGUAA